GCUUCCGAAAGGCAGUCUUAGAAUGCACCAGAGCUCUAACCAUGUCCCAAUUGGCCAGAAGCUCGUGCCCUUCUUUGAUUGGUCCGUUCCCUCGCGUCCAGGGGGCGGGACCCCAAGUGUUCCUUUGGCAGACGCUGAGGCCGGGGGAGAGACUCUGAACUUACCGAGUUUGCCCGCCGUGAUUAGCUCGCGGAAGGGAGAAGCCGUUGCCGGGGAAGAUAGUUGUGUGUCUGUGCAGCGUAGCUCGGCGGGCGUUGUCGGCGGGAGCGACGGCUCAGGUGCCGUACCUGAACAUCUCACACCAUGGCCACCAUAGCCACCAUGCCAGUUCCCGAGACCCGUGCCAACCACACUAUUUAUAUCAACAAUCUCAAUGAGAAGAUCAAGAAGGAUGAGCUCAAGAAGUCCCUGUAUGCCAUCUUCUCCCAGUUUGGCCAGAUCCUGGAUAUCCUGGUGUCUCGGAUCAUGAAGAUGAGGGGCCAGGCCUUCGUCAUCUUCAAGGAGGUCACCAGCGCCACCAAUGCCCUGCGCUCCAUGCAGGGCUUCCCUUUCUACGACAAGCCCAUGCGCAUCCAGUACGCAAAGACUGACUCGGACAUCAUUGCCAAGAUGAAGGGCACCUAUGUGGAGAGAGAUCGCAAACGAGAGAAGAGGAAGCCCAAGAGUCAGGAGACACCUGCUGCCAAAAAGGCUGUUCAGGGUGGGGCAGCUGCGCCCGUGGUGGGGGCUGUCCAGCCCGUACCGGGCAUGCCACCGAUGCCUCAGGCACCCCGCAUCAUGCACCAUAUGCCAGGACAGCCUCCCUACAUGCCGCCACCUGGCAUGAUCCCGCCACCAGGCCUCGCUCCUGGCCAGAUCCCCCCUGGGGCCAUGCCCCCACAGCAGCUCAUGCCUGGGCAGAUGCCGCCUGCCCAGCCUCUCUCCGAGAACCCACCCAAUCACAUCCUGUUCCUCACCAACCUGCCUGAGGAGACCAACGAGCUCAUGCUCUCCAUGCUCUUCAACCAGUUCCCUGGCUUCAAGGAGGUGCGUCUGGUCCCUGGGCGCCAUGACAUCGCCUUCGUGGAGUUUGACAAUGAAGUGCAGGCUGGGGCAGCACGAGAUGCCCUGCAAGGCUUUAAGAUCACACAAAACAAUGCUAUGAAGAUCUCUUUUGCCAAGAAGUAGCGCCUUUCCCUAUGGAGUACCCCAGUCCCUUCCCCCCCUCCCUUGGCUCAGUCCCUGAAGGUAAGUCCCCCUUAGGGACCUUCUCAGAGCCGUGUGUGUGUGGUUGCCACACAGCAUUGUACCCAGAGUCUGUCCCCAGACAUUGCACCUGGCGCUGUUAGAUUGUGAUUAAAGUGAGUUUUUGAGGUUUGGUUUUUUA